AUGGUCAAAUUAAGGAAAAGUCAGACGAGGAUUGGGAUUUGGAAAGCCUCUUAUCCCGCUGUCGACAGGACAGCUACAGCAUCAGAAGAAGUUAAGUUGAAUGAGGAACAUUUUGCUAAGUUUCGAAAGACCCUUGAAGUAACGUUGAACAAGUUACUAGACAAUUACGAGGAAGGGUUCCGUAAAGCUAUCCGCUAG